GAGCAAAGAGAAAAGUAGGCAUAACGUGACAAUUGCGUGUGUGUUGGUUUGUGUGAGAGAAGAGCAGCUUUUGCAAAAAACAUUCACAUUUUUCAGUGAAAUUGAAAGUUUUCCGGCGUUUGAGAAGCUCUUUUUCGAGUCAGUGUUGGUCGUGCUGUGGUUGGUGUUGGUCCACUCCUCAUCUGCUCAAGUCGACAGCUAGGUUAGAGAGGCGAAGAAGAAGAGAUGUUCCACCUGAGGAGUAUUGCGCGACAUCCGGUCGUCCGGAAUGAGUUUGCAGCUGUGGCUAAGCGCGCCCCCGUGGCAUGCUGGCAGGUGAAUCGUGGCUAUGCGGAUCACCAGAUCCCCGAGCGCCUAAAGGAUGUCGGUUCGGCAAAGAACCCAAAGUUCUACGACAUGGUGGAGUACUUCUUCCACCGUGCCUGCCAGAUUGCCGAGGAUAAGCUGGUGGAGGACAUGAAGGGGCGCAUUAGCAUUGAGGAGAAAAAGAAGAAGGUCAAGGGAAUCCUUAUGCUCAUGCAGAAUUGCGAUCACAUCAUUGAGAUUUCCUUCCCACUCCGUCGUGAUUCUGGGGACUACGAAAUGAUCCUUGGCUACCGUGCCCAGCACAGCACCCACCGAACACCCACGAAAGGCGGUAUUCGUUUCUCGAUGGAUGUGUCGCGUGAUGAAGUGAAGGCCUUGUCGGCACUCAUGACGUUCAAGUGUGCCUGUGUCGAUGUGCCAUUUGGUGGUGCAAAGGCAGGCAUUAAGAUCAACCCGAAGAAUUACUCAGAGCACGAACUGGAGAAGAUCACGCGUCGUUUUGCGCUGGAGUUGGCGAAGAAGGGCUUCAUUGGGCCGGGUGUGGAUGUUCCAGCUCCGGACAUGGGUACGGGUGAGCGUGAGAUGAGCUGGAUUGCUGACACGUAUGCCAAGACAAUUGGGCACACGGAUAUCAAUGCACAUGCCUGCGUUACGGGUAAACCCAUCAAUCAGGGUGGUAUUCACGGGCGUGUGUCCGCCACGGGACGCGGUGUCUUCCACGGCUUGGAGAAUUUUAUCAAUGAGGCAAACUACAUGAGUAUGAUUGGGACAACACCCGGCUGGGGUGGUAAGACGUUCAUUGUUCAGGGAUUCGGUAAUGUGGGUCUGCACACGAUGCGCUACCUCGUGCGUGCUGGUGCUACGUGCGUGGGCGUGAUUGAGCACGAUGGGUCCAUUGUUAAUCCCGGCGGUAUUGAUCCAAAGGAACUCGAGGAGUGGAGGAAUGAGAAUGGCACCAUUAAUGGCUACCCCGGUGCUCAGGCGUACACGGGUGAGAAUCUCAUGUACGAACCCUGUGACAUCUUCAUUCCCGCCGCCGUGGAGAAGGUCAUUACGAGUGAUAAUGCUCAUCUUGUUCAAGCAAAGAUCAUUGCUGAAGCUGCCAAUGGGCCAACAACUCCAGCUGCUGACAAAAUCCUCAUUGACCGAAAUAUCCUCGUUAUUCCGGAUCUUUACAUCAAUGCUGGUGGUGUGACUGUGUCCUUCUUUGAAUGGCUCAAGAACCUCAAUCACGUUUCCUACGGUCGUCUCACCUUCAAGUACGAGCGUGAAUCAAACUACCACUUGCUAGAAUCCGUUCAGGAGUCCCUUGAGCGUCGCUUUGGACGUGUUGGCGGAAGGAUUCCAGUCACUGCCUCCGAGUCGUUCCAGAAGAGAAUUUCUGGUGCAUCUGAGAAGGAUAUUGUCCACUCUGGUCUCGAUUACACCAUGGAACGAUCAGCUAGGGCCAUCAUGAAGACAGCAAUGAGAUUCAAUUUGGGUUUGGAUUUGAGAACAGCUGCCUAUGUGAACUCCAUUGAGAAGAUCUUCACCACCUACAGGGAUGCUGGAUUGGCAUUCUAAGUGGAAAACCUUUACAAAUCCCCCCUCCCCCACACGUCUAAAAAUAUUUUAUCAAAAUUCUCCGAGUAAAUUUAGAUGAAAAAUCACGUUUUAAAAAAAAAUUCUUGAAAUUAUAAAAAAAACACUACGAUAUUAGAAAUGAUAAAAAUUAUUGAAAAAUGUUAUGGAUUUUCUCAAAGAAAAUUUCCUUUUAGUCAUUUUGUUGCGUGUAAAUCAUUAUGGUAGAUUUUCGUAUAAAAGAGAGAGAAUAUUUCGCAUUGAUACUUAAAGAAGAAGCAUUUGUAAACCCCUCAAAAACAAAGCAUUAAAAAACCUUUUUUUGGAAAAGAAUUUUCCACCAGAAAUAGAAAAUAAAAGAAUUUAGGAACUCUU